CUUCAACAGGGAAAAGGGGUCUCUCUCUCUCUCUCUCCUCCACCAUCCGCCCCUCCGCGCGCCCAGCGUUCGAAGACUUCAAAAGUUACAAACUCUGGAACAGUCGCACCAGUGUUUUCAAAUUAUAAAGAGUCAUUCUGUCCGGUUUAAGACCUAUUGUUUUCUUAAGUUUGGUCAUGGCAUCUGAACCGGAACCGGUACCUGUUAGCUCGCAAAAACAUGACCCGGCGUGGAAGCAUUGUCAAAUGUUCAGAAAUGGCGACCGUUACCGACUCAAGUGUAUCUACUGUGGAAAAAUGUUUUCGGGUGGCGGGAUCCAUAGGAUUAAAGAACACUUGGCUGGUCAGAAGGGCAAUGCGGCAACCUGCCUUAAUGUGCAACCUGAGGUCCGGCAGCUUAUGCAGCAAAGCUUAGAUGGGGGCGUGCUGAAAAGGAAGAAGAAACUAAAGAUAGCAGAAGAGAAGACGGAUGCUAGCCCAUCUCCUCUUCUUCUUGAGGGCACUACUACCCCGGCACCACCUAACGAGUUAGAUACAUUUGCCACUCCUGGGGAAGCAACUUCUGGUUUCCAAUUGAUAACAGCCCCGGCCCCAGAUACAGUAGAACAGAAUUCGGGUUUGUUAGCAAAUAGGGAGGAAGAAAUGGGUCAGGUGACUGACAGAAGUACAGAUAAGAGGAAGAGAGGGCGUAUGGAGAACUUUUCUCCUCCACCUGUACUUCCUGAUGCACCUCCAAUUGGUAGUAACCUUACCAUAGGACCAGGAAAGGGGAAGGAACAUGUGAAUUUGGCUAUAGGUCGGUUUCUAUAUGAUAUUGGGGCACCUCUAGAUGCAGUCAACUCUGUCUAUUUCCAACCAAUGAUUGAAGCAAUCUUGUCUGAAGGACAAGGGCUCAAACCUCCAUCCUAUCAUGAUCUUCGGGGAUGGAUUUUGAAGAAUUCGGUUGAAGAGGUCAAGAGUAUAGUGGAUCAAUAUAAGGGGUCAUGGGUAAGGACCGGAUGUUCUGUCCUGGCUGAUGAAUUGAUGACAGAAUCAGGUAGAAGCGUUAUAAACUUUUUUGUUUAUUGUCCUGAAGGACUUAUGUUUCUGAAAUCUGUUGAUGCAUCAGACAUACUGAGUUCAACAGAUGCUUUGUAUGAACUGCUUAAGGAAGUUGUGGAAGAAGUUGGAGUUCAGAAUGUAUUACAAGUGAUUACUGAUAGUUCAGAGCAUUAUGUUGUUGCUGGGAAGAAGCUAACUGAAACAUACCCUACGAUGUAUUGGACUCCUUGUUCAGCUCGUUGUGUAGAUUUGAUGCUCAAGGAUAUUUCAGAGUUUGAGUGGAUUAAUACAACAUUUGAGCAUUCUAAGUCAAUAACAAGAUUUAUCUACAAUCAUCCUGUGGUUUUGAAUAUGAUGAGAAGGUACACGUAUGGGAAGGAUUUGGUACAACCAGCAAUCACUCGCUCUGCAACGAACUUUACUACAUUACAGAGCAUGGUUAGUCUUAAAAAUAAUUUGCAGACAAUGGUUACUUCACAGGAAUGGAUGGAUUGCCCACACUCAAAGACAUCAGAUGGCCUUGUCAUGAUUGAUGUCAUUUGUAGCGAGUCUUUCUGGAAUUCAUGCAUUUCUAUCAUUCGUCUGACAGAUCCACUCUUGAGAGUGUUGAGAAUGGUAACUAGUGAGAAGAGGCCUGCAAUGGGAUACAUUUAUGAGGCCAUGUACCGAGCAAAACAAGUGAUCAAGAAAGAACUGGUCAAGAAGAAGGAUUAUGUGGUCUACUGGAAUGUUAUAGACCAAAGAUGGAAUCAACAACUAAGUCGUCCUCUUCAUGCAGCAGGUUUCUACCUAAAUCCUAGUUUCUUUUAUGGUAUUGAAGGAGAUGUGCAUAAUGAGAUCAUGUCAGGGAUGUUGGAUUGCAUAGAGAGAUUAGUACCUGAGAUAAAAACCCAAGAUAAAAUCACCAAAGAGCUGAGCUCAUACAAGAAUGCUGCAGGGGAUUUUGGGCGGAAGAUGUCAAUUAGAGCUAGAAAUACUUUGCCUCCUGUUGAGUGGUGGUCUACUUACGGUGGAGGUUGUCCAAACUUGUCACGGUUAGCCAUCCGUAUCCUCAGUCAAACUUGCAGUGCAUUCGGAAUCAAUCGAAAUCAGAGUUCUUUCAAGCAAAUAAACAGAACAAGAAACAGCCUUGAGCACCAAAGGUUCAAUGACCUUCUUUUUGUUCAGUACAACUUGCGAUUCAAGCAAAUGCAACUUCGUAGGAAUAAAGAAGCAGAUGCAAUGGACCCUAUCUCCAUUGACAACAUUGAUGUUGUUGAAGACUGGGUUGCAGAGAAGGAAAUACUCUUAGGAGAAUAUGUGAAUUCAGAUUGGACAUCACUUGUCCAGCCUGUAGCUAAUGUUAUGCAGUCAUUAUCUCCAAACAAUGAGGAUGAAGGCAUGGUUGAAGGGUAUGGAGAUGAUGAGAUAUAUGAUGGAGUCAAUGAUGAUGAUGUUGAGGAGGAGGAUGUUCAAAUUCAAUGUCAGCAGGAAGGCUACAGUGAUGGGAAUUUGGAGGGGCAGACAUGAUAGAAUAUAUCUUAAUUUGCAAGGCUUGCUGUUGUAGUCUGGGAGGGUUGAUGACAUCUUAGAUCUUACCUACCCUCUCACAUGACAACUAGGUAGGGCAAAGCAUGGUGAAGUAAUAGUGUAUACUUAGAGGUUCAUGAUUCAUAGUUUUAACCUUGGUAACCUAAAUUGCUGUAAAAUGGUGAGGACUACUAAUUGGUCUAAACAAGAUUAUACAAAUCUGUGUGUAAACAGCAUGAUCUACUUUUUAUUAUUUCAUUUUAUUUGGAGAGGGGGGUGGGGGGAGGGGUUAGGAAGGUGUAGACUAUAGAAACUGGUUCUUUCCUUCUGUUCUAUUAAUUUGAUAGGUUUUCUCCAAUAUUGGUGAAUUGGAGGCCAUUCUAUUUUGUUUUAUUUUUUUCAUCUGAAAUCCAACUAGUAGAGUGAGUGUAUUAACAUCAUCCCAUAUAAAUCUAAGUAGCUGUACUUUUGAUGU